CUAUAACAGAUAUUAAUACUAAUAAAGUUUAUAGAAUUGGACUAAUUAUUGUUAAUACUACUUAGUUACCUAGAUAAUUUGACUAGUUAACAAAACAUUACUUCAAUUUAGAAAUAACUUAUCUUAACUACUAUUACUUUUAUUACCCUAAUUAAUUUAAGGUUAUUAGCAUCCUGCACAUAACCACAGUCUAAUUUCACCAAAAAAGGUGAAGUCAAAAGAAGAAGAAAAACACAGCAGACAAUAAUAAUAAUCGUUAGAGAUAACCCAUAUCUUUGAUAAGACUUCAUUCGUUUACAAGUCAUCACCAUAUAAUAUCAUAGUUAAGUCAUACAAAAAUGUCAGGAAGGAAGAAGACAUUGUUAAAAGUCAUCAUUUUAGGAGACUCAGGAGUUGGGAAAACAUCAUUAAUGCAACAAUUUGUUAAUAGUAAAUUCAGUCAUCAAUAUAAAGCAACGAUUGGAGCUGAUUUCUUAACUAAAGAAAUCACCAUUGAUAAUAAUAAACAAGUAAGUUUACAGAUUUGGGAUACUGCUGGUCAAGAAAGAUUCCAAAGUUUAGGAGUUGCCUUUUAUAGAGGAGCUGAUUGUUGUGUAUUAUGUUAUGAUGUUACCAAUGAAAAAUCAUUAAAUAAUUUAACCAGUUGGAAAGAUGAAUUCUUAGUUCAAUCAAAUGUUACAAAUCCUCAAGAUUUCCCCUUUAUUAUAAUAGGUAAUAAAAUAGAUGUUGAUGAAAAUAAAAAAAUACCUUCAUUACAAAAGAAAUUACAAAAUAUUACUAGUAAUCAAUUAGGGGGAUUAAAUUAUCCCGUAUUUGAAACUAGUGCUAAAGAAGGAGUUAAUGUCGAAGCUGCAUUUGAAGUCAUUGCUAAAAUGGCUUUACAACAAGAAGAAUUAAACGAUGCUAAUGGCCAUGAUGUUAGUGAUGAUUAUAAUGAUGCCAUUAAUAUUCACUUGGAAAGUGAACCAUCAAAUUGUGCAUGUUAAUCAAUCAUCGAACUAUCUUAAUACUACUAUCACGUCAUGAAAACAUUAUUUAUCACCUAGAAUUAAUGUUUAAACCUGUCCGUCAGUCUCACUCCCACCCGUUAUUACUCUUUAUAUAAUUCAUUUUUUACCUUUUCUAAUUCUUGUUAA